GUCGCGGGGGGCUGGUGGGACCGGAGGGCGCGGGGUUCCCACCGUCCACCUUCUCCAUGUCUUCCAGGAUGGAAGGAUUCGGCUACUACACGCUGCCGAUGGGCACCGAGUACCGGGGCUCGCUGUGGGACGGGAUGUUCCACGGGCAGGGCGAGCUGCGGCGCCCCACAGGCGGCGCGUACCGGGCGCUCUGGGACCGCGGGGUGCCCACGCAGGGGAAAUACACUUUUACAGAUGGUCUCGAAUACGAGCAGGAAAAAUGGCUUUACUGCGACGGCUACGACAGAAGAUUCUACACAGAAAUCUGUUCUGGUUUUAAACCACCAGGCAUUGCUCAGCUUACAAAUCUGGAUCCUCCCAAAAUAAUCCCAAAAGGUUGUUAUGACUGUGGUGAUGGAUUCUAUAACCCCAAAACCAGAGUAGUUGUUGACUACAAACGCAACUUUCUGAGAAAUGCAGACGAUGAUGAGCAUGAAUGGAUCCUUCGGACCUGCCGGAAAGCCUGGGAUAUAACAGCUGAGCAGGAACCGAAACCAUCACACGGCUUUUCCUAGACAGUAUUCCAGCAAAGCAGGUAAUCUGAUUCACAAUAAACGCAAUUUGUCCUCGUGGAUUUGUCUCACCCUUUCCCUCGACAGGAAUAUAAUCUUUCUGUCAUCUUUGUCAGCUCAAAGAAAAAUGGAAAUAAUCAUUUAAUCAGUCAUGCUGAGCAAAAGCCACGACAAAAAAGCCGACUGUACUCACAAUAAUAUUCCUGAGAGGUGUGCAGUGUAGUAUGUAUAAACAUUAUUAAGCCUGAAAACAAUUUGUUAAAAAGAGUGCCUCGGAUUCGGUGUUGAAGUCAUUCAAAUCCAUCUUAAUCAACAUUAUUUUCCCAGAUUUUAGUUAGCUGUCCUGGUGAAUUCCUUUCCUCUCUUUUUGCUCAGUACUUUGAUAUUGAUUGAUCAUUGUAAUAAUGUACACCAGAGGUAUUCUUUAAUGACGGGUUUGCUAACUAGGAAAUUAUAUCCAUUUACU